GACUGGGAACGUCACCGCCUUAGCUUUCCCAUCUACAUGAGGGGGAGGCAGAGUUUUGGGGAUAGCUCCAAGUUGGUUCUCUAAACGCACCCUUAACCCCAUUAAUCUGGUCCCAAAAUUAUGGGGUCCAGAAAGACACAGGGAUACAGGCAGUCACAGAGGAAAGUACUUGGGCAGCCCAGGCUGUACUGGAGGCCAGGUUGCCGAGUAGUGGUGGGUGGGGCGACCUUUCCCAGGUACGCCCUGCCCCUCGGGCCUGAUUGGCCUGCACUCUCUCCUGGGCGGGCCCGAGGUGUAGUCUUGCAGAGCCCUCUCCACUGGACCUAGCAGAUUCCUGUCCGACCCCAUCCGAACUGAGAUCAAACUAUGCACGGCAUUAAGCUCUGGAUAUUCAGCACGUUGUGGCCGCAAGUGAUUGCCCUCAGCAACCCUCUGCCUCAUGUGGACCAGUAUGAGGUAGUGUGGCCCAAGCGCCUGCCUGGACCCCGUGCCCGUCGAACCUUGACCUCCCAUUGGGGCCUGUACCCCGAGAAGGUGAGCUACGUCCUUGGAACUGAAAAGCACACUUUCAUUCUGCACCUGCGGAAGAACAGAGAACUGCUGGGCUCCAGCUACACAGAGACCUACUCAGCUGCUGAUGGCUCCAAGGUGACAGAACAACUGCCUGGGCAGGACCACUGCCUCUAUCAGGGCCACGUGGAGGGGCACCAGGGCUCUGCCGCCAGCCUUAGCACCUGCAGUGGUCUCAGGGGCUUCUUUCGGGUGGGCUCUGCCACCCAUCUGAUCGAACCUCUGGAUGGGAGUGGUGAAGAGGGGCAACAUGCUGUGUACCACGCCAAGCACCUGCAGCAGAAGACUGGGACCUGUGGUGUCAGCGAUGUUGAGGUGGAGAACAUCUUGGGGCCUCGAUUCUUGGCGACUUUUAAGCAUCAGCCCUGGAACUCACUGCUAUCCCAAAAGACCCAUUAUGUGGAGCUAUAUGUGGUCACCGACAGCAGAGAGCUCCAGUACUUGGGGAGCAGAGAGGCUGUUCGCAGGCGGGUGCUGGAAGUGGUGAACCACGUGGACAAGCUUUAUCAGGAAUUCAAUUUCCGUGUGGUUCUGGUGGGCCUAGAGAUCUGGACCAGGGACGAGAUCUACAUAAGCCCUCACGCCAAUGUCACACUGGACAACUUCCUCUCCUGGAGGGCACAAGCCCUAACAGGACGGCUUGCCCACGACAAUGUGCAGCUUAUCACGCAUGUCGACUUCACUGGGGCCACCGUGGGACUAGCUAAGGUGUCUGCCCUGUGCUCCUGGCAUUCAGGGGCUGUGAACCAGGACCACAGUCAGAACCCCAUUGGUGUGGCAUCCACCAUGGCGCAUGAGCUAGGCCACAACCUGGGCAUGAGACACGAUGAAACCAUCCAGGGAUGCUACUGCCCUGUGCCACAGGAAGGUGGUGGCUGCAUCAUGUCAGGCAGCAUUGGGUCCAAGUUCCCUAGGAUGUUCAGCAAGUGCAGCCAGGCAGAUCUGGAGACAUUUAUACAGAGACCUGAAGUGGACUGCUUGGCCAAUUUCCCUGAUGUAGACCGACUGGUGGGAGGCCCCGUGUGUGGGAACCUGUUUGUGGAGCAUGGAGAAGAGUGUGACUGUGGUAGUCCCCAGGACUGUCGGAACCGCUGCUGCAAUGCCACUACCUGCCAGCUGGUUAAAGGGGCUCACUGUGCGCAUGGUGAAUGCUGCUAUGAGUGUAAGGUGAAGCCAGCUGGUGAACUAUGUCGUCAUGCAAAGGAUGGGUGUGACUUGGAGGAGUUCUGUGAUGGCCAGCAUCCAAUGUGCCCUGAGGAUGCCUUCCAGGAGAAUGGGACACCCUGCCAAGGAGGCUACUGCUUUAAUGGGAACUGCCCCACCAUGACCCAUCGGUGCAAGGAGUUGUGGGGGUCAGGUGCAUGGCCUGCCACAGAUGCCUGCUUCACAAAUAGCCUCUUGCCAGGUUGCAAUGUCAGAACCUCUGUUAGCAUAAACAGAUGUGGUGUCCUGUACUGCGAAGGGGGACAGGAACCCAGAGGGCGUUUCUUCUGCACCUUAACCUCCAACUGGGGCCAUUGCCGAGCUCUCAAUCUGGACAGCAACACUGCUGCCUAUGAGUUGGUGCUUGAGGGCACCAAGUGCGAUGAUGGGAAGGUUUGUUGGAAAGGGCACUGCCAGGACCUCCAGGUCUACAGAUCCCAGAAUUGCUCUGCCAAAUGCCACAACCAUGGGGUAUGCAACCACAAGAGUGAGUGUCACUGCCACGCAGGCUGGGCCCCUCCUUAUUGUACAGAGCUGCUGACAGAUGUGUACAAAGCAUCCAGGGGACUCCCAGUUAGCGUGUUGGUGGUCCUGGUACUCCUGGCAGCUGUGAUGGUCGUCGUGGCAGGUGUCAUUAUCUACCAAAAGGCGUGGUGCCGUGUUCAGAGAAGGAGCGUAACAACCAAGACCACCUUGGGGCUCUCCAACCCACUGUUCCAUGAGGAAGGUAGCAGUUUGCCAACCAAGAGCAAGACUCCAAAUCCCCCAGCACUGAUCUCGACCACCCAAUCUACCCAGCUUCCCAAGCCAACAUUGGCCCCAAAGAGGCCACCUCCACCUGUUCCAGUGAAGUGUAGUCCACCUGUUCCAGUUCCUGUCUACACCCAGCAGACAUCAGAUCAGCUCAGACCUGCUCCACCCACCAAGCCUCUCCCAAAGCUGAAGCCCAAGCAGGCCAUCAAGCCAACCUCUGCACCCCCGAUGCCACCAGUCAAGCCCUGAGUUUGAGGGAUCACAGCUGGAAUGACUCAGGGACUUGAUGCCCCAAAGGUUGCCCUGAACCCCCUAGUCCAAAGAAGGUGAUUGGGCAAGACACCAAAGCAGGCAUCGAACUCAGGGAGGUUUGAGGAAGCCCCAGAGUGGUCCUGUGGCCACGUUCCUCAGCAUCCCAGGGUCACCACCAGAACCUCUCGCUCGAGACUCAGUUGCUCUUCCUCAGAACUGCAUCAGACAGAUGUUCCUGCUGUCCAUCUGGGCCAGGACUGCCACUCAAGACCAGUUGUUUCUCAUCUGUUUUGAUGGUGCUCAGCUUGCUGUGUCUGCAAUGGUUAGGUUGGGAUUUGAGAUCACCUGCAGUGUGUGUGUGUGGCGGGGGCUGCUGUCCCAGAGAGCUAUUGCCUCCCAACCCAUGAGGUCAGGCAGCUCAGAGUUCUCUUCUGAGCCACCACUGCACCUGCUCUCGGGUUUAGUCAUCCCGAUGAGUCCUCCAAGGACAGGACAGCGCUGGUGGUUUCCUGUACAGAGGAUGUCAAUAAUUGAAUUGUAUCUGCAUCGACUCCACCAAACAUGUGAUUUAAGAAGAAACGUCUGCUUUUCCAGAAUCAUUGGCAUCUUGGGGGCAGCAGAUGGCUUACUGGUCCGAAAUCUCAGGGCAUGAAAUCCAUUAAUAAUAAAGCUUGUAUUUUAUCAGUAAACUAUGAACCACGUUGUAAA